GGGCUGCCGUAAAACCUCAUUCCGGAGUCGCGAAAAAGGCUGACGUUGGCCACGCUUGACGACACACGCCAGACAAAAGGGGCGAUACAAGUUUAUUAAACCAACAUCAAAAAUGCUGAGAGAGUUGGUGAAGGAGCGACUGAUGGCGGCGGCCGAUGAAAUAUUCGCGCUGUUUGAAAGAACCAUCGCGUUGUACGAGGAGGAACUUUCUAGAACAAGAGAGGAGAAGGAGCGACAUCGACAACUGAAGACUGCUAGCCAAACUGAAAGUGUGCUACAUCUAGGAGAAGUCCAGCAGGUGAUUGGUCAUCCAAAAGAGCGGCUGUUGGGAAGGACGUCCACUUGGAAACAGGUGGAGCCGCAGCCCCCCCACUUUAAAAGGGAAGAUGAGGAACUCUGGAUCACACAGGAGGGAGAGCGCUGUCUCCGGCCGCCAGAGACUGACAUCCCCAAGUUGCCACUGACUGGUGUCUCUGUGAAGAGCGAAGACCAUGAAGACGAACCAGUUGAGUCCUCACUGCAUCACCACAGUCCGAGUGAGGAGAGCAGGGGGGCGGAGCCUCCAAACAGCAGCUUACGACAACUCCAGACAACAGAAAUGGGCGUCGACUACUUUGGAGCUCCACUAUCAGAUAGUGAGGAUCAAGGCAGGGUUGAAGUACCUUUGAGCAGCGAUACAGACUGUGAAGAUCAUACGGGGACUCACACUGACAACAAACACUCAAAAUGCCCUAAAAAGAAGGUCGGUAUCAAAGGUUUUACCUGCGCCUUUUGUGUCAAAAGCUUUUUCCAUAAGACAGAUUUUGCUCGACACAUAAGAACACACACCGGAGAAAAACCUUUUGCUUGUUCAGUUUGUGGCCAAAGGUUCGCUCGGAAUGGCACCUUGACGACACACAUGAGGACGCACACGGGCGAAAAACCCUUUGCUUGUUCGGUUUGCGCCAAGACAUUUUCUCAGAAGCCGCACUUGAUAAAGCACAUGAGAACGCACACAGGAGAAAAACCCUUUACUUGUGCAGUUUGCGGUAAAAGGUUCUCUCAGAAGUCGGCGAUGGUGAUACACGUGAGAACGCACAUGCGGAAAAAAGCUCUUCAAGGACAGUUAGGAUCAGCCGCGCGAAAGAACAGGAAGAGAUGAGGACAUCUGCAUACCGUAUUUCCUUGAAUUGCCGCAGGGGCGCUAAUUAAUUUAAAACUUCUUCUUACUCUGGCGUUUACCAAAGAAAUGCGGUAAUUAGUUUAAAACCUCUUCUCACUCCGGCGCUUACCAAAGGCAUGCAGUAAAUUUAAGCCUGCGGUUAUAAAUUUUAGUGUGAUGUAAGGAUACCAUGAAAAGCACACUCAAUGAAAAAAACUUUAUUAUGGUCUUACCUUUACUUAUAAAUGAAGUCCAUGCGCAGCUCCUUCUGAUCAAAAGCAUCGAUAACUUUUUUAUAGAAGUCUUCCUUCUCUUUCUUCAGUUUUAAAAGUCUCUCUGUCUCGAUGGAGAUCUUCCUUUAUUACCUCCUGCUUCGAUUGAAAGUCCAGUUUAGAAAACAUUUUUAUUUUGAGAAUGUAAUCCCCCAUGUUAAAAGUGCAAGCGAGAGGAAAAAAUAAACGAUUGCUGCUCACUCUUGCUGCUUGUUGUCACUUCUUCUGCAGCCGAGUAGUCGCAAGAAGGAUCACUAGCGCCCUCUACCACCAGGAGGCGGGAGUCAUUUAAUGCUUUCCUCCUCUCCAAGGUUCUCAUAGUCAUCAUUGUCACCGACGUCCCACUGGGUGUGAGUUUUCCUUGCCAUUAUGUGGGCCUACCGAGGAUGUGGUAGUGGUUCGUGUUGUGGUUUGUGUAGCCCUUUGAGACACUAGUGAUUUAGGGCUAUAUAAGUAAACAUUGAUUGAUUGAUUGAAUGACUCAUAUUUGACACACGCAGCUACGGUAUAUUAAUAAAACAUAGCUGCUUACUGUUCUUUUUAGCAUAUUCAAUAGCUUGGACCUUAAAUCCUACUGAAUAGCUCUUAAUCUUCUUCCCUUUAUGCGAUUUCAAAUGAUUGAUAUCAGCCUCCUCCAUUUUGAAAAUGAUGACGUGACGAGUUUGACCCUGUGGAAAUUCGAGGCAUAUGUUAAUUAUUUUGCAAAACGAGUUUGACCCGGCGGAAUUUCUAGACAUGCGCUAAUAAAAAUUAUUUUUUGCGAAACGAGUUUGACCCGGCAGUAAUUCUAGUCAGGCGCAUACUAUAUACCUGGCGGCUAUUCAAGGAAAUACGGUACUCUUUCAAGCGACUGUGUAUUACACAAGCUUGAUCGGUUUUCCACUUUUGAAACACAUCUCUUGAUUGCACCUGUUUUGUUUUAUAGUGGCAAAGAAAAAGUUGUUUUUGUCUCAGACACUUAACAAAUGUUUUGUGACUGGGUGAGGAAGUUGGGUUAUCUUGUCAUAAAAGAAUAAAUGAAUAAAGUCUUUAAUCUGAUUAUGAACUCUUUGCUGAGCUCAUCAUGCGCUGUCUUCAACAUAGACAUGUUUUAAAGGCAGGCAGCAUGGAGCGCUACUAGCUACUGGCGCUGACGAGACGCGGGGCCGCCAUCUUGGAGUGGUGAUCCGCUCCACUCAGUGCAAUUCAUUUGUCAGGAGCAAUGAACUGUCAGCGCAUUUCAUUCAUCUUACCUCACUGAAUACCACUCAUUUUCACCCCCUUUUUUCUCAUACGUGUAGCUAUGAUAAGGGACACAUGUUUUAUUAUUCAUAGUUUGCUUAACAGUAAUAGAAUAUUCUUAUAUGCUAUAAGUGACCAGACGUCCCAGAUCAAAACUGGGAAUAUAAUCCCAGAGAAGGGGGGAAAAAAGGGUCAGCUAUUUUGAAGUUGAAGAAGCAAUAUGAUGAGGUUAUAUAAACCAGCCAAAAAAGAGCAGAAAACGAAACAACAUCAUCUGGUACAACCCACCAUUCAGCAAGAACGUCUCAACCAAUAUCGGCCACAAGUUCCUCACUCUGAUCGACAAACACUUCCCCAAAGGCAACACCCUAAGAAAAAUAUUCAACGGCGUGGCGCAGUGGGAGAGUGGCCGUGCGCAACCCGAGGGUCCCGGGUUCAAAUCCCACCUAGUACCAACCUCGUCACGUCCGUUGUGUCCUGAGCAAGACACUUCACCCUUGCUCCUGAUGGGUUCUGGUUGGCGCCUUGCAUGGCAGCUCCCUCCAUCAGUGUGUGAAUGUGUGUGUGAAUGGGUAAAUGUGGAAGUAGUGUCAAAGCGCUUUGAGUACCUUCAAGGUAGAAAAGCGCUAUACAAGUACAACCCAUUUAUUUAUUUAACAAGAACAACAUUAAAUUGAGCUACAGCUGUAUGAAUAACAUACAACAAAUCAUUUCAAACCACAACAAAGCAAUUGCAAAAGGACUGCCUACCCCCAGACUAAACGACUCUGAAACCAAUAAGGAAUGUAACUGUCACAAGAAACCUGAUUGCCCUCUCAACGGAGGGUGCUUACAGACAUCAGUCGUUUACCAAGCAAAGGUAACACGCAAGGACAUUAACGCAUCCGACACGUACGUAGGAUUAACCGAAGGAGUGUUUAAAACCAGAUGGAAUAAUCACAAAGCCUCCUUUAGAAACCAGACUUUGCGGAAUUCUACAGAACUCAGCAAGCACAUUUGGAACCUCAAAGAAAAAUAAUGUUGAAUAUUCAAUAACAUGGCAAAUUAUUGCAUCCAGCACACUUUACAACAGUGGUAAUAAAAGAUGCAACCUAUGCUUGAAAGAGAAACUGUUUAUUAUAUAUCAUCCAGACCUGUCAUCCCUCAACAAGCGCAGUGAAAUCAUUUCAACAUGCCGCCACAGACGGAAACCCCUCCUAGGUAACACAUGAGCCAAUCACCACACCCUACGCCUGCCUGUACCCACCCACUCUGUGCCCUAUAUAAACCAUUGUAUGUGAAUGUUUCCAUUAAAAU